UAAAAAACUUAUAAAACUGUCAUUAUUAUAUAAGAACUAUACGUAUUAUGAUGUUAUUAUUUAGUUAUGUUGUUGCUUGGUUACAUUUGAUGCCUCCGCACGUGGGAAGCUACCGGUUUGAAAGACGCGGCUUCACUUGCUUUUCUGCACCAAGAUGGCAAGAAUCAGACGAAUGGAGAAAGCUGUUUGCUGGAGCGACGACAGAUACUGGGCAACUUGGGACAAGUGGGGAGAGGUGAUUGACUGGGGAGAUGAGAAAGAGCUGUGCUCCCCAGCAGAAUCACCUUCUGACCAGGCUGACAGUUCCACUGAGUCACAUUCCCGAAGGCGAAUUGCCAAGGCAGUUAGCUGGACGGAUGAUGCUUAUUGGGCAGCCUGGGACAAGUGGGAAGAGAUCAUCUGCUGGUGUGAUGAAGAGGAGUGCUCCCAAGUAACUCCACCCACUAGCCAGCUUGGGAGGGAUAAGGGGAUAGAUGUACAUGGGUUGGAGGCUUUUGUGAUAAAUAACAGGACAAUCUCCAUAAAGCCUGUAGACAACCAUCAAGACAGUCUGAAGAUAGGAGCUGUGCUGGUAGACCUCUGCCAGUUUGAUCUCGAAUAUUUAGAUCAAAGUAAAUUUAAUUGUGAAAUUGUGCAAGUACAAAUUGGAGAAGUUGAAGUGGAGGAGACUAGAGAAAAGGCUUUUGAAAAAGCAUUUGAAUUGGAAAUUGUGGAUGUGGCAGUAGAAGUUAUAAACAGUGAAAUCCAGCUGAAUGCUAUAAAUUUGGAUAUUGUUGAAACUAAGGUGGACAAAUUAUUAUUGGAAGAACUGAUCAUUGGCGAUUUAGAAGCAGGCAAUGUGAAGGUGUCAGUGUCAAAUGGCAAUGUGGUGAAGGUACCCUUAAGGUACCCUUCACCACAGAGGAACAGAAGAACCAGGCAACCUUAGACCAUACUCUCUGGUGGUUGACUCGUGGCAACUGGACUUGUCUCUGAAAGUUAGAAACGUUUCGCUGCUCAUCCAAGCAGCUUCUUCAGCCUGAGGGAGGUAGUAAGUGUCCACAUAUUUAUCCUCCUGGGUAAGUAGUCUAAGGGGGCUC